CCAAUGUCAUUUUUUGGUCCUCUUCAGGACAAAGGACAACAACCAAUUCAUUAUUUAAGGAAAUGCUAAAUUUAGGUUAGCAGUUACUGAAAUCUAUUUAACACCUAGAUAUAUCUAAUCGGAUUCCUUUAUGGAAGAGGAAAACUGAGGACCAAAUCAAAAAACAUUAUUUGACUGAGGUCAUCCAGUUUAUAAGUGGCCUAGAAUCUGGGACUCACUGUGCUGUUUUGACUCCUCUUCAGACACUGAUGUCCUCAGGCCAUUCCUCCUCCCUGAGAAGGUCAUUACUGCUCCAUCUCAAAGCAUUCCUUCCCUCCAGUGGAAAAGGCAGGGCCAGGAAGGAAGAGUCAACCAGCAAUAUAGGAUUAGAGGAGAUAAGAGACCAGAUUGGGCCAAUAAAUGGGAGGGAGAAGGAAGGACAGGUUAUUGCUGACUUUAAGUUGUUGUUGAAUCAUUUCAGUUGUGACCUACUCUUCAUGACCUCAUUUUGGGUUUUCUUUCCUGGAAUGGUUUGCCAUUUCAGGAAAGAAAACCCAAAAUCAUUUUAAAGAUGAGGAAAAUAGGGACAGCUGGGUGGCUCAGUGAAUUGAGAGCCAGGCCUAGAGACGGGAGAUCCUGGGUUCAAAUCUGGUCUCAGACACUUCCUAGCAGUGUAACCCUGGGCAAGUCAUUUAACCCCCUUUGCCUAGACCUUACCACUCUUUUUUCUUGGAACCAAUACAUAGUACUGAUUCUAAGAUGGAAGGUAAGGGUUUAAAAAUUUUUUAAGAUGAGGAAACUGAGGCAAACAAGGUAAAGCAACUUGUCCAUGGUCUUCUGAGGCCAUUUUUCAAUUCAGGUCAUCCUGACUAAAGGCCCAGCACUCUAUCCACUAUACCACUUAGCUGUCCAGUACAUUUAGUUAGCUAACUGUAUUCAGAGCCUAAUUUUGGUCACAAUGAGAAGCAGAGUGCCAAGGACAUGGAAGAUACAGCCUUCUAUAGUCAAUAAAAUAAUGCCUAUCAGUUUAGCAAAAGGAUAAAAGAGUGAUUACAAGAUCAAAAAUCAAAAGGUUUGGGUGUCCUAGAGAAGGAUUUGGGCCAUAAUUUGAAGGAAGGAGGGAUAUUAUUUUGGCAGAAUAAAUUUUGGUGGGAAACAGAGGUGACCAUAUAUAAUAGGCUGUCUAUGUCUUCUCUUUCAGUCAAAGAUGGAUAUUGUCCAUUCUUCCCAUUCAAAGGCUUUAGAAACUGUUUAAACAACUGUCAUAAUGACCUGGAGUGUCCUGGGAAACUCAAAUGCUGUGAUUUUAAGUGUGGCUUUGUGUGUACCACACCCUGGAAAGUUAAGCACUGGAACUGCCCAGCCCGGCCACUCUCUUGUCCGACAAUUACCCUGCCAAAAUGUCAGAAUGAUGAAGACUGUCCAAAGGAUGAAAAGUGCUGUUCUAAUUGUGGCUUGCUCUGCACUAAAAGUUAG